GAUUUUGUUUGACGUCUGUGAUUCUGGAACAUCGAAAGCUGCAAGAGGGGAGAGAGAGAGAGAGAGAGAGAGAAUGUGGAGAAGAGCUCUGUAUUUGCUAUCACACAGGCACUUCUCCGCCGAGCCUGAAGUCCCCAGCCUCUACUCUUUCCUCCAACCAUCAAUCUUUGCCCUGAAGAGGGACCCGCCACUCCCCCCCAAGCCCCAACAAGACCCAACUCCACAAACCCUAACCCUAGAGCGCCAAUCCACCCUAGAAGCCACCCUCCGAGAAUCCCUCAACGCCAACAACACUGACGAGGCAUGGAAGUCAUUCAAGACCCUCACCAACUGCUCUUCAUUCCCAAGUAAGCCUCUCACCAAUUCCAUGAUCACCCACUUGUCUUCGCUCAAGGACACCCACAACCUGAAAAGGGCUUUUGCCUCUGUGGUUUUCUUGUUGGAGAAGAACCCGAGUUUGGUAGAGUAUCAAACUGUCGAAACCCUUUUGAAUUCUAUGAAAGAUGGUGGCACUGCUGCCCCUGCCUUUGCAUUGGUUAAGUGCAUGUUCAAGAACAGGUAUUUUGUGCCUUUUGGAAUCUGGGGCAGUGCUCUGGUGGAAAUUUGUAGGAAAAAUGGCAGCUUUGCGGCUUUUUUGCGCGUUUUUAAUGAGAACUGUAGGAUUGCUUUGGAUGAGAAGCUGGAUUUUAUGAAGCCGAAUUUGGUCGUGUGUAAUGCGGCUUUGGAGGGUUGUUGUCGUGAUCUUGAAUCUAUUGUUGAUGCUGAGAAUGUUGUGGAGACAAUGUCAGUGUUGGGGGUUAGGCCGGAUGAAUUGAGUUUUGGGUUUCUUGCUUAUUUGUAUGCAUUGAAGGGGCUUGAAGAAAAGAUAGUUGAGUUAGAAAGUUUGAUGAGUGGGUUUGGUUUUGCUAAUAAGAGGACAUUUCUUGGUAACGUGAUUAGUGGCUAUGUGAAAUCUGGUAGCUUAGAAUCUGUUUCAGUUAAUAUUUUACGUAAUUUAAGAGCUAAUGGAGAGGACUCAAAUUUUACUGAAGAAACUUUUUGUCAAGUAGUAAGAGGAUUUCUUCAGCAUGGAAGUUUCAAGGAUUUAGCGAAUUUAAUAAUUGAAGCUCAAAAGUUGGAAACACAAUCAAUCACAAUCGAGAAAUCCAUUGGUUAUGGCAUUAUCAGUGCUUGUGUUAAUCUUGGCUUUUUGGAUAAGGCACAUAGCAUUCUCGAUGAAAUGAAUGCUCGGGGAUGUAGUGUUGGGCUUGGGGUUUAUGUGCCAAUCUUGAAUGCUUAUUGCCAAGAGAAAAGAACAGCUGAAGCGACUGAAUUGGUUACGGAGAUAAGUAAUUCAGGACUUCAGUUGGAUGCUACUACAUAUGAUGCUCUAAUAGACGCAUCAAUGUCAAGCCAAGAUUUUCAGUCGGCAUUCUCUCUGUUUAGGGACAUGAGGGAAGCAAGAAUACCUGAUCUGAAUGGAAGUUACUUGACGAUAAUGACAGGUUUAACUGAGAAUCACCGGCCUGAGCUAAUGGCAGCCUUUUUAGAUGAGGUUGUUGAGGAUCCUCGAAUUGUAGUGGGUACCCACGACUGGAAUUCAAUUCUUCAUGCCUUUUGUAAGGCUGGGCGGUUAGAAGAUGCAAGGAGAACUUUCAGAAGGAUGGUAUUCCUGCAGUUUGAGCCAAAUGAGCAGACAUAUCUGUCCCUCAUUAAUGGUUAUGCAAAUGCAGAGAAACACUUUAAUGUUAUGAUGUUGUGGAACGAGGUUAAGAGAAGGCUAUCUAUUGAUGGAGACAAGAGGUUCAAAUUAGACCACAAUUUGGUCGAUGCGUUCCUUUAUGCUCUGGUUAAGGGAGGAUUCUUUGAUGCCGUGAUGCAAGUUGUGGAGAAAUCUCAGGAGAUGAAAAUUUUCGUUGAUAAGUGGAGGUACAAACAAGCUUUUAUGGAGAACCAUAAGAAACUCAAAGUGGCAAAGUUAAGAAAGAGAAACUUAAGGAAAAUGGAAUCACUUGUUGCCUUCAAGAAUUGGGCCGGUCUGAGUGCAGAGUGAACCUCACCUCUGUCUGUUGCUUAUUUUGUUCACACAAUGCCCUCUUGAGAUAUUAUUGGUAUCUGAGUGACAGCUCCUAAUUGAAGGUGAGAAACAGGGAUUCAGUUGGCAUGUUGUUUCUAGAUACUUGAGCCGAUUGUGCAGUAAUUUUGACACUCAAAGAGUAUAUUAGACAUGAAUUUCUCUUCGCGUAAACACUAGGCUUGGUGCUUGGUCCAAUUUCAUACUUCAUUGCAACUACUCUGUAAAUUUUAGGGAUCAAUAAAGCUAGAGGUUUGUCAGCCAUUAUGAGAUCAUUGUUUCAACACUUAGUUGUUGGAAGUUGUUUGAUCUGUUAGAGCUACAAACAGGCGACACGCUUGAUGGUUUCUCUGAGAUUACUCUGUGCAGUUGCUGAAUUAAAUGAUUGUUCUGGACAACAAAUGUACUAAUGGCUCUGUGUGCCUUACACAUCAAAUGUAGAGAAUGACAGGCACUGUAUUUUCUGCCA